AUGCAACUCUCUCUCAAGGCACUCGGCCUUGGCCUCUUUCUUGCCCAAGCGGCUCAUGGUUCAAAGGACCACAGCAGUCACAACUGCUGCUUGCACACUCUUGAGGGGUGGAUUCCGGUAAACGAUUGGACAAAGGGUGUCUGCGCCAUGCGCUGGGGAUCUGUUGCGACAUUUGAUGGUGUUAAGUGCAUCCAGAAGCCAGGCAACGUCAUCAGCGAUGAUGACUUCUUUACCGCGUGCAAGCUGUAUGGGUACAAUGCUGGUUACAGAGAUGAUUGGGAGAAGGGCGCAGGCUAUCGCGGUACUUGCUCGUAG